UUUUACACUGUUUUAACCCAUGGACAGCUCGUUGCGAUAUAAUCACAGCUCAUAGCGGGGGCACAACACUGAGAGUAAAUACUGAGGAUAUUCAAAAAUGAAUCUGCUUUAUUUACCAUUUUGAGUCUCACGACUACAAAAGACUGAAUUGUGAAGAUGGGGUGCUGCACUGGGAGGUGUAUGUUGAUAUUCUUCUGCACUGUUCAGCUGAUCACUGCUAUGGAGAGACAGGUGUUUGAUUUUCUAGGUUACCAGUGGGCGCCCAUCCUUGUCAACUUCCUGCACAUCAUUGUGGUGAUAUUGGUCUUGUUUGGGACUGUCCAGUACAAGCCCUGUUAUAUAGUUUUGUAUAUAGCCUGGACUGUGUUUUGGGUGACAUGGAACAUCUUUAUCUGUUGCCUUUAUCUGGACCUUGGAGGGCUCUCAAAGGACAGUGAUUAUCUGUCAUUGGGUCUUUCCUCUGACCGAUCAUGGUGGAAGGACAAUGGUCCAGGUUGUGCAAACAGAAACCUCCCAACCACUAGGUGGCAGCAUCUGGAAAGUCCUGCUCUGGUCUCUGAGAUGGGCUGCAUGCUUGAGUAUCAAUACAUCGAGGUUGUGCACAGUGCCCUGCAGCUGUUCCUUUCCGCCAUUGGAUUUGUAUUUGCCUGCUACGUGAUCAGCAUCUUCACUGAAGAGGAUGACACAUAUUUGUAUAAGUAACCAGUGUCCAGAGCUCAUCAGCAUUUCAAGAAAGAGAAGGAACAUUGAGAGGGAAAAAGAUCAUCACCAGUUCUCAGUAUGAGUGCAAGAAAAGGAAACCAGAUCUGAUACUGUAUCUUCCAAAUGAUACUUCAUUGUGAUUAUGAUAUAUAAAGUAACAUUUCAAUACACCCAAUAACAGUUAAGAAAAUAAUAAUAGCCAAAAAAUAAUGAGAACAUUUCCUUUAAGCAUGAAUACAGCUCCCACUGUUGCUGAUUUUCUGAUAUAUUUCAAAGACUUUGCGGAGACUAGCAGAUCCCACCCCUCAAACGUUCCUUUCUGUUCUGUAGUGAUUUCCCCUGUCUCUGGCUUUUAAGUUUCCAAUUCAAAGGAGUAUAUAUUGUACAUAUUCAAAUGAGGUUAGUUAGAAUGUAUUGUAGAGAUCACUUUUGUGUGCUUAAUGUUUUAAUAGUGAUUAAAUAGUGGCAAAUGACUUGUUACAUGUACUUACCUGUGUAGAGUACAGGACAAAAUGCUGCUUGAUGUUUAAUGAUCAACAUCAUUAUCUCAGAGUGCUGAGAGUGUCUGUCUUAACGGCCCAAAGAUAAAAAAUAAUGCUGUAUGUACAGCGCAUCAAACCUCAUCUUCUAUGUGUAAAUAAUUCAGCAUUUACUGAUAAGCGAGAGUGUGUCAUAUUGGUUUCUUUUCUUAUUAAAGUCUAAUUUUAGUUAAAGAUAUCCCAAAUAAAUAAGUCCAUAAGAAUAGACACUUUAUUUAUUCUGUGUGUUAUUUUAUGGAUUUCUGAAACAUAAUCGAGGAAUUUCCCCAAUUCUCACAUUGCAGUGUCACCUAGUGGUUAAAAUGAGAUAUGUAUAAUAUUAGGCUACUAUGCACUAAAAGCAUGAAUGCGCUUGAUAAAUAGGCAUGCUCGGAACACUGGCACCGAUAAUGAUUGUGUGAUAAAUGUGGUCCUGUAUCUUGUAUUAUAUUUUAAGGACUGCACAUUGGCACUAGAUUCACCAUCCAAAUUCAACACGUUCCCAGUCCCUUUUGUGUCACUUUUACCCCGGAAACUCAUAAUUAAACC